UGAUCCACCUCUGAGAAAUUUUUUCAAACGCUUGCAAUUCAAGUUCCUUUUGGAGGUCGUUUUGACUUCGAUCCUCCCAAUCUGCAGCAAUGAGUUCGAGGGACGAAAACGAUGAUCUUAGGCGGCCCCUCCGUCAUACUGGUAGCUGGUACAAAAUGGGUUCGAGGCAGUCCAGCAUGAUGGGUUCCUCUGUUCAGUCCAUGCGAGAAGGCUCAAUCUCUGUUCUGUUCUGUGUGCUUAUCGUAGCAUUGGGCCCUAUUCAAUUCGGUUUCACGAGUGGGUAUUCCUCUCCCACGCAAGAGCAAAUUAUCCUUGAUCUAAAUCUCACGAUAUCGGAGUUCUCUGUAUUUGGAUCUUUGUCCAAUGUGGGUGCGAUGGUGGGAGCUCUAACCAGUGGUCAGUUAUCAGAAUAUAUGGGACGUAAAGGGUCGCUAAUGAUGGCAGCAAUCCCCAAUAUAAUAGGGUGGCUUGCUAUUUCUUUUGCCAAAGACUCAUCAUUUCUGUUUAUGGGGAGAUUGUUAGAAGGCUUUGGAGUUGGGAUAAUCUCUUAUGUGGUGCCUGUUUAUAUAGCCGAGAUAGCACCUCAGAACAUGAGGGGGAGCCUUGGAUCUGUUAACCAGCUCUCCAUUACAAUUGGAAUCAUGCUGGCGUAUCUGCUUGGCCUUUUUGUCAACUGGGAAACGCUUGCUGUUUUAGGGGCUUUGCCUUGUACAAUAUUAAUACCCGGAUUAUUUUUCAUACCAGAAUCACCCAGAUGGCUGGCCAAGAUGGGGAUGACAGAAGAAUUUGAGACUUCAUUGCAAGUUUUACGAGGGUUUGACAUGGAUAUAGUUGUUGAAGCAAAUGAAAUUAAGAGAUCUGUUGCAUCAACAAGCAAGCGAGUGACGGUUCGGUUGGCUGACCUCAAAAGAAAAAGAUAUUGGUUUCCUUUAAUGGUAGGUAUUGGAUUGCUUGUGCUCCAGCAAUUGAGUGGUAUUAACGGAGUAUUGUUCUAUUCAAGUACCAUAUUUCAAAAUGCAGGAAUUUCAUCCAGCAAUGUUGCUACAUUUGGACUCGGAGCUAUACAGGUCAUAGCAACUGGAAUCGCUACUUGGUUGGUGGACAAAAGCGGACGAAGACUGCUUCUGAUAAUAUCCUCAUCAUCAAUGACAGUGAGCCUCAUUCUUGUUUCAGUAGCAUUCUAUUUGAAGGGAGUUGUACCGGAGGAUUCUCAUCUAUAUAGCAAUCUGGGAAUACUAUCUGUUGUUGGUCUCGUGGCUAUGGUGAUCGGCUUCUCUCUUGGACUGGGACCCAUUCCAUGGGUUAUCAUGUCUGAGAUCCUUCCGAUAAAUAUAAAAGGACUUGCAGGCAGCGUGGCCACGUUAGCAAAUUGGCUGAUUUCUUUUCUGAUCACAAUGACCGCAAACUUGCUUCUAACUUGGAGCAGCGGAGGAACCUUCACAGUCUACGCAGCAGUAUCUGCCUUCACAGUUGCUUUUGCGGCAAUUUGGGUCCCUGAAACUAAAGGAAGGACUUUGGAAGAGAUUCAGUCAUCCUUUAGAUGAUCCUCUUCUUUCUUUUGUCCAGUGAAUGAUGUCCACGAGUUUUCUUCUUCCUCUUUUUUACGUCAUUAUUCUUUUAAAAACACAAUACAAGGGAUGAAUUGGGCGAUGGGUGUAGAAGCAACAUUUAAUAAAUCUUCAGAUCAAAGCAGUCUGCCCUCUAGAUCACAAAUUGUAAAUUUUGUUUCUCUGAUCUGAUGUCGGUCACAACUGCUGAAUGAAUUCAGAAUCAGAACACU